GUGUGUUUCACUGCAUGCUGCAUGUGUGUGUUCAAUCAGCGAUGGGUUAAACGCAGAGAAAGAAUUUCGGUGUACUGACAAAAUAAAGUUUGAAGUUUUGUUGAAGUUUGCAGUGAAGUUGAAGGUUGAGAGUCUGAGAGGAGGAACUUUGUCCUUGUUUCCUGGGAAAAAGCAGAAGUUUGCCUGAGAGACGGCAGAGCUGCAGUGGAGAAGAGCUUCUCGGACGAAGAAUUCAACUGAGUCCUUAAGAUUUUUCUCAUCAAAUCCGCAGACGUCCUCCAGACUCGGUGGAGUUUGUCCCUCAGGUGGAGUUUGUCCCUCAGAGAAAUUAUAAAGGCAGAAUCCACUGAGCAGCCUCAGAGGAUCACACAUCUGCACUUCGGUAGAUUCACCUUCCUGCAGCUGUUAUAACUCAACUUCGACCUGCAAAAAAUGUGCUGAAACCAAAUGUAAAACAGUUCAGACUGAGCAAUGGACCCUGAAGCCAGCGGGACGAUGGAGGUGGCGGCACUCGGCCGACCUUUCAGCCUUGGGAUGUUGUACGACUGCCGGAAAGAUUCACUCGUCCCUGGAAUGACUUUGUGGGAUCGUAAUGACCUGAAAAAAGAUAUUGGAGAAAGGCCACAGAACUAUAAUGAUUUUGAAAUUGUUGCAUCUGAAUCAAUUGAGGACAAAUCUUCUGCAUUAAAUGUUGAAGCUUCACUGAAGGCCAGUUUCUUGAGUGGACUGGUACAAGUAGGCGGAUCAGCCAAAUACUUGAAUAAUCACAAGACUUCUAAAAAUCAGGCCAGAGUAACACUGAAGUACAAAGCAACCACAAAGGUCCAGGAACUGUCAAUGGAUCAUCUUGGAAGAGGCAAUGUGAAGCAUCCGUAUGUCUUUGAUAAAGGAUUAGCAACACAUGUAGUCACAGCCAUUCUUUAUGGGGCUCAAGCCUUCUUUGUCUUUGACCGUGAGGUGUCUGACAAGGAAGAUCACCAAGACAUUGAAGGUAGCCUGAAGGUGAUGAUCAAGAAAAUUCCCUGUCUUGCUAUAGAGGGUAAAGGUUCACUGAAAAUGGAAGACAAGGACAAAGCACAUGUUGACAAAUUCUCCUGCAGCUUCUUUGGAGAUUUUUCCCUUCAGAAAACUCCAACAUCCUUUGAGGAUGCAAUACAAGUCUACCAAAGCCUGCCAAAACUGCUGGGAGCCAACGGUGAAAACGCUGUACCAGUGAAGGUCUGGCUGCUGCCGCUGACAAGUUUAGAUUCUUCAGCUGCUAAACUCGUCCGUCAGAUAAGCAUAAGAUUAGUUCAGGAGUCACAGAGUGUCCUGGAGGACUUCAGUGAGCUGGAAAUGAGGUGUAAUGAUACACUGAAAACCACAACUGCACAACAGUUCCCACAAGUUGGCAAAAAGAUUAAAACCUUCAAAGAGAUGUGCUCUGAGUUCAAGCUGGAAUUUCAACGGGUCCUAGCAACGAAACUUCCAGCAAUCAGAGGAGGAGGUGAAGAGGAAUCUGUGCUGGCAGAGAUCCUGAAGAAGAGACUUUCUUCCCCUUUCAACAGCAAGAACCUGAACGAGUGGAUGGACUGCAAAGAGAGAGAGAUUUACACCUUAAUGUCUUUCACCAAAAUGUUGAAGAACACCAAGAUCCUACCAUCUCAAAAUCACCUGUUCAAGGAUGUUUUCAAUGCAGAGCAUGCUUUGUGUUUUGUUUUCACCUCACUGGGAAAUGCUGAACCGUACCUCUCAGCCUUAUCAAACUACUUAAAAGAAACACCCAAACCAGGUGACCCUCAAUACUCCCAUACUCAAGAUAUAGAGAAGGAUCAAUGGUACCUUUCAAAAGAAGUGGCAGAUGCAAUGAGGAAUAAAGCAAAGCUCUUCAGUGACUUUGCAGAGGCCAACAUGGAGAACAAGAACAUUAAGUUCUUGACAGCUGGUUUAACAAAUGAGACACAAAAAGGUUCAAGCAUCUACCUCUACAAAGAUGGCUUUUCUGUCAGUGAGAACUUUGAGCCGCCAUCAAAGCCUGAAACAGUAACAGCAAGUGACAUAACCCACAACAGUGUGACCCUGAAGAUUUCUCCACCAACGUUUGGAGCAGAGAACAUCACCUCCUACUCUGUCGAGUACCGUGUCAGCGGAGAGGACGGAUGGCACCAAAAGACUGAAUCAAAAGCUAAAGAAAUCACAGUGAGCGAUCUGAGUCCCAACACACAGUAUAUGUUCAGAUGCAGAGCAGUGACCUCAGUAGGUGUUGGGCCGGCCAAUGAAGUCACCGGUUCCGUUAAAACCUUACCUUGCAGCCCUCCUGGAAAACCACAAGCGGAAUCAAACUCAAGUGAGAUAUCAGUUAGCUGGGAGAAACCUGCUGAGGUGGGACAAGAUGUCCAGAUUUUGAGCUACAUUGUGGAGUACGCCAAAACAGACAACAAACGGCGAGAGGAGGAUCUUCAGUGGAACCAAAUGAUGUCAAUAGCUGAAAAGACGAUCAUUUCUGGGCUUCAGUCAGAGACAGAUUAUAUUGUCAGGGUCAGAUGUGAUUGUGGUGGAGCUGGCAGAAGCAAAGAAAGCAUCAGUGUUUAUGUCUGCACAACAAAAUUCAAAUGUCUCGCAGAAUUUCUCAAAAGUACAAGUGAAAGGAUAAAUUCAGAAUCACCUUCAGUUUACAAUCUACAGCUAACAGAAGAAGAUAUGGACAUCGAUGGAUGCCGAAGGUACAAUUUUGGCAAAGAAAGCACCAGGGGAAACCGGACAAUCAUGCUGUUUGGAGAGACAGGAUGUGGAAAGUCCACUCUGAUCAAUGGAGUCAUAAACUACAUCGCUGGUGUAGAGUGGAAGGACAAUUUCAGGUUCAAAUUGGCUGAAAGUCAGACCUCUGAAGUCACGGUGUACAAAAUCAACCACCAGGAGGGCUUUAAAAUAGACUACUCACUGACCAUUGUUGACACUCCAGGGUUUGGAGAUACAAGAGGCAUAAAAAGAGAUGAUGAGAUCACAGAACAGCUACGCCGUCUUUUCUCUGCUAAGCUCGGUGUCAGUGAUAUCGAUGCCGUGUGUUUCGUAGCUCAGGCUUCGUUAGCACGACUCACACCAACGCAGAAAUACGUCUUUGAUUCUGUGCUCUCAAUCUUUGGCAAAGACGUGGCAGAAAACAUCAGAAUUCUGGUGACGUUUGCAGACGGCCAGCGUCCACCAGUUCUAGAGGCAAUCAAUGCUUCAGAUGGUCCAUAUCUGAAACCAAAUGACAGUCUGCCAAAUCACUUCAAAUUCAACAACUCAGCCCUGUAUGCACACAACAAAUCCUCUGCAGCAGACAGCAUGAGUGAGGAUGAUGAAGAUGGGGGUAUUGAUCAGAUGUUUUGGAACAUGGGGACAAAAAGCACGAAGAGGUUCUUUGAUGCUCUGAAUGAAACCAAAAGUUUGACAAUGACAACAGAGGUCCUUCAAGCAAGACAGGAGCUCGAGAAUUCAUUUGAGCAUUUACUGAAAAUUGGGUUCGCCAGUCUUAAGGAGUUAAAAGGACUGAAACAAAGUUUCCCAGAAAUACACAUCAAAAAUGUAUUGACUAAAGUGCUGGAUGCUAAAUAUGAUCAUAAGCAGGCUCAGGUUAAGAAAUUGAUGAAGACGUCUGGUAAGUGUUUCAACAGAUUUAAAAAGAUGGCUCUGAAGCCAAGUUUUCUCUCCGUUCUGGAUUACAUUGACCUUCUUGCUGAGGGAGAGAAAUCAGAGGCCAAACCCGGCUGGAAGCAACGAGUUCUGUAUCUGAUAACCAUAAGGGACGAAGCAGGCAAUGGUGAUGAAGAUGAUGACGAUGACGAUGACGAUGAUGCCAUCUCCUUGAUGAAGACAAUGAUAACACCAUAUUUCUGUUGCUUACAGAUGUCAUCAUUAUCUGAUGAUGAUAGUGAAGAAGAAGACAAUGAUGAUGAUGAUGAUGUUAUCUUCUUGAUGAAGAAGGUGUUGAUGAAGAUAAUGAUGGAGGUGAUGAAUGAUACUGAUGAUGACGAUGACGACGACGAUACUUUCACCUUCCUUUCCUCCCAAAAGUUUGCUCUUGCUCCACCCGGAGCCUCCUCUCCUCCUCCUCCUCCUCCUCCCCCUCGGCCCUGGAGGUGUGCCACCAGUCUGGACUCCCAAGUUUUUAUUCGUGGAACAAACAUCAACGCUCCGGCGCGGAUCGUCGGGCUCCACGGCAGCAGCAGCAGCAGCGGCGGCGGCGGCGGACUCACGCAUGCACCGCCUGGCGCUUCGUGUUUUGUCCCCGGAGUUUGGCACACGGCGCGUCCCGCUCGCUCAAACGGAGACUCGCACUUUUGUGUCGCCGCUGCGGUCAGCCUGCGCGGUGCACGCCGGGGCAGGGAGCCUCUCGGGCGCGAAGCCGCAGCGCGGAGAGUCGGCGAAAGGAUCCCGCACGCUCUGUGGGAUUUCAGUUGGAAGCGGGACUCCUGUCGGGUUUUCAGUAGUUUCCCCCGCGGACUCCGUGUCACUUCGCCCUGA